AUGUCUUCAGACAGCCUAUUCGACUCAUCCAUGGGGGACGCAGCACUCAGCAAGACGCCCAAACCAUCCUACUUCUUUCCCUGGGCGACAUCCCCAGAUAUCAUCCGCUCGCACGAGAAAGACAGCUACAUCACCAGCACACUAUCGACACAAGCCCAGUCCAUCAUCCGCACCCUCCGAGGCCAACGAUACGCCCAUACACAUUCCGACGCCAUCAAGAAUGCCAUUGAAGUGCUCUAUCUCUCCCUCACAACGCUGCUGGGCAAUAGAACCCUAGGCGAAGAAUAUUGCGAUGUGGUACAGCUUGAAGACGAUACGUUACAGCUCCCAAGCCUAAGUCGAAGGGCGGGGUAUAUCGUUAGUUCGAUACUGGUUCCCUCGAUACUACAGCGCCUACUACCUUCCUUGCGGCGGAAGUUACGUGCGAAACUUGAACGAAGCAUUGCGCGGAAGCAGGCUAGGCUUGAGUUGGAAAAGGGGGAUAAGAAGAAGAGAAAAGAAGCUGGAUUCUCGCUGCGGGCUCAGCGGUAUAUUCUUGAGCAUUUGAACUCGAUUACGUCUCUUUCGCCCUUUUUUGCGGUCAAUUUGGCUGCGUUUUACUUCUCGGGGGCAUACUAUCACCUAUCGAAGCGGGUAUGGGGGUUACGAUACGUGUUUACCAAACGCAUCGGUGAUAGCGAGGAGAGGAUCGGGUAUGAGGUUUUGGGAGUACUGCUUGUAUUGCAGAUUGUUGUGCAGGGGAUUGUGCAUGCGAAGGAAGUUAUUGAGUCAAUUCAGUUGGAGGAGUUGGAGUCGGCAAAGGUAUCGUCUUCAGUGGACUCGGCAGCCAGGGGAGCAGGAACACCUGGAUUAAAGAGCAUUAGUAUGCCGGAUGGUGUGGCGUUGUUAGCACCUGAUGAAGCGAGGUAUGAUAUGUCAGUUGAAGGAGAUGCAUUGGCCAUGUCAUGGAUACCCGCCGGGCCGCAGCGGAAGUGUACGCUUUGUCUUGACCCGUUCAAGGAUCCGAGUGUAUCCACGUGUGGACAUGUCUUUUGCUGGACGUGCAUACGGGACUGGGUGCAGGAGAAGCCGGAGUGUCCCUUAUGCCGACAGGAAGCGCUUGCGUCGAAGAUAUUGCCUCUACGAGGGUGA